AUGUCUUCUCAAAAUAAGUCUCCAACCAGGGGGUCUUCUCCCAAGAUCAGUUCUCCCAAGACAUCCUCUCCGGGUAUCCCAGUCACCCACAUUUCCGAGUCUGACCCCCCGUCUCCUUCAGCGGUGAGCAUCGAGUACCUUGAACAAUCCUUCCAACAGAGCAGAAAGGAACUCAUCAACUUCAUCGAUGAUAUCUCCAAGCAACUCGCAGAAAGUCCUGGUCUUUUCAAGCAUCUAGCAAACCGUCUCACCGAGGGCACGGGUGAUAUGGAUGAGCUACGUCGUCAAGCACUUUGUACAGAUACAAAUCUACCACCCUGUCUAGGUAAGAGAUUAGAUCUCAUCAAAAAAGAGGUAUCAACUGCAUGCAGUAUCCUCGACGGCUCGUUACAUCUCGCCCCUCAUGCUGCACUGGUUUUAAACAUGCUAAUUAUCCAGAUAGGAAGACUGUCCAUUCGUGGAUAUGAUUAUUCUGAUGCCAGUGCGCAUGGGUAUGAGUUUGAGGCUUAUUAUACCACACAAAAACUAAAGUCGUUUGAUGUUUCCAAGGCUGAAGCUGCCACAACAGCUCAACGCGAUAUCAUUGCUAUUUGGCUGCGUUUGAAUGCUCCUCAGGAUGACUGUGAAUGUCAGCAAUGCACAAGAAGGGUUUCUGGUAAGAAGCCAGAAGAAACAUAUCAGGUGAGUGACCCCAAUUUCAGUUUCGAGUUCUAG